AUGCCAGACCACGGCCUACAAGCCCUAAAGGGCAUAAAAGCCCUAACGUUUGACGUCUUCGGCACAGUAGUAGACUGGCGCCGCCCCGUCGAGGCCGCCCUAUCCGCGGCCCUCAGGCCCAUCAACAAGCGGCCGUACUCUUCGGCAUCGCCCCCCUCCACCGAGGACGAGGCGGCAGAGAGGGCGGAGGCAGAAGCCCGCGCCCGCGCCCUGACCGACGCCGACGUCGCCGCCCUCGCGCAGGAGUGGCGCGACGGCUACAAGCGCUUCACGCUCGGUUUCCGGCCCGGGACCGACCCGUGGAAGGACGUCGACGCGCACCACCACGACAGCCUGGUAGAGCUGUUGCGCAAGUACGGGCUGUCCGGCGCGCUGGAUGCCGCGGGCGUGCGGGAGCUGAGCCUCGUGUGGCACCGGCUGACGCCGUGGCCCGACUCGGCGGCCGGGCUGCGGGCGCUCGGCAGUGGCGGCGACGGCGGCCUCGGCCUCGCCACCGCCACGCUAUCGAAUGGGAACCGCGCCCUGCUGGCGGACCUGGACGCGUUCGGCGGGCUGGGGUUCGGGAAUCUGUUUUCAGCCGAGGACUUUGGCGUGUACAAGCCCGACCCGGGCGUGUACCUCGGCGCGGCCGAGAGGCUCGGGGUCGGGCCUGGGGAGGUCGCCAUGGUUGCCGCGCACCUGAACGACCUCGAUGCUGCGAGGAGGCUGGGGCUGCGGACGGUGUAUGUGGAGCGGGACGGGGAGGAGGACUGGGAGGUUGGGAGUGAGAGGUAUGAGGCUGCGAAGGGGUGGGUUGAUCUUUGGGUUGGGGCGGAUGAGGGUGGCUUCGUUGAGGUUUCGAGAAGAUUACGCGAUGUUCUAUGA